AAGCACUACGCAGGUACCUGGAGCUCGAAGUGUCAAACAUUUACGAACUCUUGAUGUUUGUAUCACAAUCACAUACGAAUUGUUCUUUCUGCUAAGCAGUCCUGCCUUUGCUUCUUCAGUUAUACUUAUAGUAUGUAAUGCACAGUAUCAACUAGCCGAGGCAGAGCUUCUUCAUUUCUCAGGUUGUUUGUUCAGUACUGAUCUGCCAUACAAAUUUAGGCCUGGCACGGAGAAAACAAGUAAUAGUUUUUGUAGACCCUGUUUUUGCUGACACAUGCUAGUGCACGGCAGUUGUCCAGGCGGAAGGGUGCUCGACGGAUGGUAACCUGGUAACAGCAGUGGUGUAACGUUGCCGGAUCCCAAUUAAAUUUAAGUACAAUUGAAAUACUGGCCUGAUCUCGUUCACAUCUUGAUCUCUGCUCUAUCAAAGUGAUAACACCACCAUCUCAGUGAGAUUCAAACAACUCUGGUGCAACAUGGAGGAUGAUGUUCCAGCAUUGAAACAUGACGAAGCAGCAGCACUUCCUGCAGCCAUGAAUGCACCUGCACCAGUGCCAGGACCUGUUGCUGUCGGUUUAGAUGAUGGAUUUGCUGUGGGCAAUGCGGCCGCUAUGGAAGAUGACGAUGGUGAAGAUGUAGGAGAGAAUAACGCGAUGUACUCGGACGAGAGUGACGAGAAUGAAGAAGAGGAAGAGGGUGGAGGCAGUGCACAUUUUUCGGCCGCUCACACUGCUCUAUCGCUAUAUCAAUUUGAAGCAGCGUCAGAGGCUUCCGCUGCUGCACCAAAAUUUCAUGGGGAUCCCUUGUAUUGUCCGGACUGGGACAAGGAAAAGCCAGCUACAAAUGCAAUCAUGCGAAUCCAGAGAGAUAUUACUAAUCUAUACUCGGACCCGCCGCCUGGAAUCUUGAUUGUGCCCGAUGAGUCGGAUAUCACGAGGUUGGACGCUCUCAUCAUGGGCCCAAGCGAAACACCGUACGAGAAUGGUUUCUUUCAUUUUAAAUUCCGAUUCCCGCCCAACUAUCCGCUCUCGUCACCCCGUGUUCGCUUCAUGACAACAGGCGGUGGUAAAGUUCGCUUCAAUCCAAACCUCUACCAGUGUGGGAAGGUUUGCUUGAGCAUACUUGGGACGUGGCAUGGCCCAUCGUGGAGUCCGGCGCAAACGCUCAUGUCUGUCCUGCUGUCUAUCCAGUCGUUGCUGUGCCCCAAGCCGUAUCACAACGAGCCAGGGUAUGAAGAGAGCCAGUCAUCAGAACAAAGUUCAACUGGUAGCAGACCAUGCCAGGAUUAUAACCGAUGCAUUGAGCAUGAAACGUUACGGGUAGCCGUCUGUCAGCUCAUCGAGGAAAGAAACCAGCUACCGCCGACCAUGCGCACCUACCUGAUUACAGAGUUCCCGGACCUGUGUGAUUCUUACAUCUGUACGGCCAAGGAGAGACGCGUGCGCGAUGGCGAGCCGUUCAGGGAUCCUCACAACUGUAACAAGGGCAGGUUCAGCUACAAGAGCAUUUUGGCACGCCUAGAAAAACUACAGGAGGAAUUGAGACCGUCGAGUUCCAGCUCCAGCUCAACAGAGGACGCAUAACAGGCACCGUUGGCGGGAACAAUAAUUUCUCCUGUGUUGUCCUGCGCCUCCGUGUUGUAGCAGAUACCUUAGUCUGCGCUACUCUCCUACUGUCUGCGUGUUGACGUCGUGUUGCAUUUAGGCGAUGAAACGCAGUGCAGACGUGUGCUGCCUCUCUUCUAUUGCGUUCCUUGGCAUGCUAAACGGGCAACCAGUUGCCAGAUCAGUUUAAAUGUCGCAAAACCUGAAGAAAACCUGCCGGUGGUGUGGACGAGAGGAUCACCACUGAUUCUCUGCACACGCACCGCCGGCACAAGAGUGAUUCCUGCUGUCCUCCACACACGCACGCACACGCACGCACACACGCACACACACACACACACACACACAUGCACUGGCAGCAGAGGGAGUACAAUCUUCGCUAGAACUAGUUUCAACCUGUGCCACCAAAAACACUUCAAGUUGAUGUUGCAAUAUCCCGGAACAGCCAUAGUGUCGAGUUUUCACAUACGCUCAUCUGUCAGCUAACACAACCACUACAUGUAGAAUGUAACAUGAGUCUUGUUUGCAUUCUUGUGUGUCUAGCCAAUAAACGAAAUAUCUGGUGUGAUAACAUAUCUAUACUGUAAAUGAUCUAUCCUGUAAAUGUGUACCUUUGUGAAUCAUCGGGUAAACAUAGACCUCUCUUCUGAAGCAACUUAUAACGUUAGUGCCUCUGAAUGUGUGUGCGUGUGCUGUUUUUAUUGUUUUUUUAUUUUAAUAUAUUUGACGGCCAUGGUACACGCUGAUGCCGCUUUUCUUUACCAUUGUACAGCAGUAGCAGUACCUGUGGUUAUUCUUUGAGGAUAUAAUAAUUCUGCUUUUCAAUCCCGCUGACCUAGCUAUUGUACUCAUCACAGUUGUUGCCAUGGUAGUUGUAUAUAUCAUGUCAUGCAGAGUAUCCUGUA